AUGCAUCCUUUCUCAUUAACCCUUGAAACCCCUUCUUCUUCUUCUUCUUCUUCUUCUUCUUCUAUUUCUCAACCUUCUUCUCAUGUUCCUAUUCCUACUAUCACCCCCGAUCUUAGUAUUUCUCAUCAAAUCCCUAAAAUUUCAACCUUAAAUCACACCACUCUCACCCCACCCCCAAUCACCACCAUAUCCACCAGAACAUCACUUCAAACGUCACUCGUUCCAAACCUGGAACCUUUUAACAAUUUCUUCGCAUCCCAAGAUUCCCAACAACAACCUAAUUUCUCUCCUGAAUCAGAAACCGAUGAUCAACUCGACCUAUACACCAAAUUCUACCACACCUCAAAAUUCUACCCUUUUCUCGAAAUCGUCGAUUCCAACAAUGAUUUUGUUGUUUCAUUGGAGAAUACGGUAAAUGUUUGUAACCAGAACCUAAAUCUCAACCUUAAUUUGGGGGUGGAUUCGGUAAAUGAUGGAAAUGAUCGAGCUAUUUUUGUGGUUCCUGAGCAACAAGAGUCGAGUUUGAUGGUGGAUAUGGUUAGGGAGAAGGAGAGCCAGGUGAUGGAACUUGUGAGGUUUUUAGAUCUAAGUACGAAGGAUCAAAUGCACUUUCAUCAUGAGAUAAGGAGGAAGCGAAUGAUUUAUGAUUCCCUUCGCGUGUUGGUGAGUAUUGAGGAGGAGAAGAGAAUGAACGAGGAGAAGAAAUUGGAUGCAGAAGUUGCAGUUGUGGAGGCAGAGAUGAGAGUGGGUGAGGAGAAUAGGGUGGUGGCUACCAGGGUGGAGGGGGAGACAAUUAAUGGAAUAAGGCGUCGUAGUCGCAACCAAAUUCAUGGCUAUAUGACGGCUGCAACAUUAAUGAAGGAGUGUGGGUUAUGGUUGUAUCAUGAUCAAAGGAUAGUUGGACCGAUACCUGGAAUUUAUGUUGGUGAUGUGUUUAUGUUUAGGAUGGAAUUGUGUGUAACUGGUUUACAUAUGCAUCCUCAAGCUGGUAUUGAUUAUUUAUCAAAUAGUAUCUCUUAUAAUGGUGAACCAAUUGCUACUAGUGUGAUUGUUUCAGGUGGUUAUGAGGAUGACAUGGAAUUAGAUGAUGGUGAUGUUAUAAUCUACACUGGCCAUGGAGGGCGAGAGAAGAAUUCCUCAAGGCAAAUUUGUGAUCAGAAAUUGGAGGGUGGAAACCUUGCAUUGGAAAGGAGUAUGCAUUAUGGGAUUGAGGUUAGGGUUAUUCGUGGGAUGAAGUAUGAAGGGAGCGCAUCUACUUCUGGUAAGGUUUAUGUUUAUGAUGGAUUGUAUAAGAUUGUUAGUUGCCGGUUUGAUCUAGGAAAGUCUGGUUUUGGAGUUUAUAAGUAUAAGUUAUUGAGAAUUGAGGGGCAAGUGAAGAUGGGUAGCACUAUUCUCAAAGAUGCUAGGGAUAUUAAGAAAAUUGAGUUGGAUUUCAUGCCUAUGAGUUGUCUCUCUAUUGAUAUUUCAAAUAAUAGGGAAAAUGUUCCAAUUAGGCUAUUUAAUGAUAUAGAUGUCAAUCAAGAACCUCUUUAUUAUAUGUAUCUUCCGAAUACUACUUUCCCGUGGUUUGUAUUUCAUCAGAGUGGGGAAGCUAAUGGUUGUGGAUGUAAGGAGGCUUGCACUGACGGUUGCUUUUGCGCUAUGAAGAAUGGAGGAGAGUUUCCCUAUAAUCUACAUGGAUUGCUUGUGAAAGGGAAACCUUUGAUUUUUGAAUGCGGCCCUUUUUGCUCAUGUCCUCCUAAUUGUCGAAACCGUGUUGCACAAAAGGGGCUCAAAUAUAGCUUGGAAGUGUUUAGGUCUACACAGACAGGUUGGGGAGUUAGAUCCUUGGACCUUAUUCAGGCUGGAUCAUUUAUCUGCGAGUAUACUGGUGUUGCUAUGACUAGUGAACAAGCUCAAACUUUAACAAUGAAUGAGGACUCGUUGGUAUAUCCUAGUAGAUUUGCAAAUAGAUGGGUAGAAUGGGGUGAUUUAUCUCAGAUAUACACUAAAUAUGUGCGACCAUCUUAUCCACCAAUACCUCCUUUAGAUUAUUUUCUUGAUGUGUCAACAAUGAGAAAUGUUGCAUCCUAUAUGAGCCAUAGUUCGAGUCCAAAUAUAUUCAUUCAGUAUGUUCUCUAUGAUCACAACAAUUUGUUGUUCCCUCAUGUCAUGUUAUAUGCAAUGGAGAACAUCCCUCCUAUGAGAGAACUCUGCAUAGAUUAUGGCAUCUCAGACGAGUGGGCGAACAAGAUGUCUAUAUGUAUGUAACUAAGCAGUUUUGUAAGGUUGCUAAAGCCGAAUCUUGGACAUGGAUAACUUUGGUGAAUGAUAAUACUA